CUAUGUGUGUAUAUAUAUAUCGUUUCAAACAAACUAUUGUUCAAAUACCUAUCCGAAAUUAUAACAUUUUAUUAUGACAAACUGUCUGUUGUUUGCUCAGAAACUUGACUACUGCUCUGGAAACAGACACGGAUCAUUAGAAGGGCUUUGCUACACGCUAUGAAAUUUUACUAUGAUUGUACUUUUCCAACGGUGUUGAUUACGAUGAUGCAGUUGACCACACUGGUUGCCGCUAAGCCAGCCUCAAUGUCCAUUCCCGUUGAUACUGACCAGCAAAUUCAUUUACAGCGACUUGAACUUUUUAAACAAAAAAUUCUUGAUGGUUUGCAGUAUAAAAGUGCGCCUAGAGUGACUGCAUUUAAUGAAACUAUCGCAGAGAAAAGGAAGUUAAUACAAAUGUAUAGGAAUUAUAUGCGAAAAAAGGACAGGAAUUACCACCAGGAGUCCGAGCCUAUUGAAGGCACCACCAAGAUGUACCGUUAUUUAAUUAAGCCAGAUAACAAAAAGGCAGAAGAGAGAAGACUGAGAUUUUUCAUUCAACCGGAAGUUAGCCAUUCGGAAGACCACAUGACAGAAGUAGCCGUAUCUAGUGCAAAAUUGAAACUAUUCAAACAUUCUUCAUUGACGUCAACUCCUACGAAUGAAGCUGAAUUAAAAAUUUUCAUCAAUAAUCAAGUUUUGGAAACGUUAAUCGAAUCUAGAACUAUUGAUGUGAGUAGGGACGGUUGGGAAAUAUUCGACAUUACCAAGGUUGUUCAAGACUGGAUAGAUGAUCCAGAAUUAAAUUACGGAGUAGAAAUUUAUGCAGAUGGCCUCGAUACUGGUCAGUUAGUUUUCCCUUCUCUAGACAUUACAGAAAGGAAGAGCUCAAAAUUCAAUACAACAUCAACAAAAGACAAUAUUGUGGUUCCAAUUCUAGAAAUAAGAACGCAUGAACGUUCAAUAUUAAAACGUGUCAAACGGCGAAAUAAUUUAGAAAGAAGAGACUGCGUCAAAGGAGAUGGAGAAAGUAGGUGCUGUCGCUUCACAACGACCAUAGCUUUCAGUGAUUUGCACUGGGACGAUUGGAUAAUUGCACCGCCCGAAUACGAAGCCCAUUACUGUGAUGGAAGUUGUCCAGAUCGCUUUAAAAUGGCCAACACAUUCGCAGGAAUACAGGCGAGACUGCAUACUUUAUAUCCUAACAAAUUUCCCAAACCGUGCUGCGUUCCAUCAAAGCUUAGUCCACUAACAAUUCUUCAUAAAGACAGUGAUGGAAAAUAUCAGUUCACGGAUUAUCCAGACAUGAUCGUAGAGGACUGCAAGUGCGCAUGACAGGAACUUAACGCUUAUUUAUUAAUUAUCCUCUUGUGUUCAAAAAGUAAGCGAAUAAAACGCUCCCCAUUUUCCACAGCUGUGCAUCAGAGUUGCUGCUCAACUGAAGUGUUUGGACUCAAAAACGCCAGUUACUGCAAACUCACUUGCACUGAAUUUAGCCAUUUGAGAAUUACAGUUUAGAAUUGCAAUGAGAAAAAAACUACUCAAUGCUUUUUUUUAUUUUGUUAAUCUGCUUGUUUUUUUAAAUACCUUUUGGUUACAUGUAUGUAGUCUCAUAACAAUGCAAGCACACUCAGAAGCAACCAUCCUUCUUUGUAAGGCAGUCAUUUUUUUUAAACAAGCCGCUUGGUAGUGGUUCUUCGUAUACCUCUUUUGCAAAUGUAAUUCUUUAAUGUGUUCAAAAGUUCCACCAUCUGUCCACACUACUGCUCUCGGAGCAGUAAAAGUUUGCGUUUAGGGGACAACUUUCGGAGACUGUGAAGAGAAUCUCAUACAAAUAGUAUCUGUGAUGAAGAUGUGCUUGUAUUUAUAUGUGUAAAUGCUAUAUGAAUGCUACUUGUAUGUUCAGUUGUUAACUUAUUAAAAUCGUUAUUGUUA